AUGGAGGAGGACAACCCCCCACACUUGGUGACUCCCACAUCAGUGAAGGCUAUUAUCUCAAAGAUUGAGACUGCCCAGCUAAUUCGGACUCAGGAGGAUAUUUCCACCCAGCUCUCAGACAUCUUGGACAAUGUCAACUGUGCCAUCAAUCGCUUCCAGGAAGAACUGGGAUACGAUUUAAAGGAAAAGGCGAAGCCUCACCAACCGGAGCAGAAAGGCAAGAAGAGGUUCAUCCUUCUGGAGAAAAUCGCCUCCUUCUCUAAAGAUGCCAAAGCUAAGGAGAAACACCUGUAUGAGAUCCUCCGCUGGCUGGGGGAAUGGGGUGACAGUCUGACUUAUGAGAUAAAGAACAGGAGGAGUUCAGAGGAAGAUGAAGCCCUAGACGAAUGGAUCGAGGUGAUGGAGAAGGUGUUGCCUCUCUCCCUCAUGGCCACGAAAGGAGGCAUCGAGUCUCUCAUCUCUCUUUGCUCGACUCUCAUAGAAGACCAAAAGAAAAGGACAGAAAUGUCCAAACAUAACUUCUGGCAGAACUGGCAUGAGAAAAGCCCGCAGAAGAAGGAGCAGAGAGUCCUCCCUGAGCCCCCGAGCCCCGAGCAGAUGCUGCAGGACAAGAGCAGCACGCACUCGAACGUCACGGAGGUGAGGUCUAUGCUGCAGGAGCUCCUCGACUCCACCAUGUUCAACAAAGGGGAGGUCAAAGCCAUCAGGUACAUGUCCGCCGUGGUGGAGAACCUCAACAAGGCCUUGAUCCUCCAGCACAAGGAGAACAAGAAUCUGGAGACCAAGUACAAAUACCUGCAGGUGGAAAAGAACAAGGAGCUCAGCACCCAGAGGCUGCACUUCCAAAAGUCCAUCCAAGUCCUGGAGAGCAAGAGAGACGCGCUGCUGAAACAGGUAAAGGUUCUGGGGGACAAAUACCACAACCUCCUCAUGAUAAAGCACGCCCUGGAAUUCCAGCUGAAGAUGGCUCAGACCACCAGCGGUCCAGAAGAACCAGUCAAGGUCUUUAUUCAUGAUCAGGAACCCCCUGAAAAAGAGACCCUUCCAGAGGUGCGCAAAGCCCCAGAGGAGAAAAAGCAGGAGCCCAAGGAGGAAAGACAGGUGUCUUCAGCUCUCUCCCCAAGUCCCCUGACCAAGGCCUGGGACAGUGGCACUACACCUGCAGCCCGAAAGCCACUCUCGGGCGUGGCCACAGAUUCGAGGGUGAGGGACGUGUUCAUGGACCGCGCUGAGCCCCUGGAGCCGGUGCUGCUGCACUCAGACGCCCCCCAGAUUCCGACACGAUGGGACAAAGAAGGCAAAGACCAGGGGGACCACAUCCAAGAGAAGGAGGGAGUCCAAAGCAAGCCCCAUCCUGAGAAGUCCCUGUCCCCAGGGAGCACCAGGAGGAUGCUUUUUGAGAGCCACAUGGAGCACUGGGAGGAAGAACUCAGCUGGGAGACAAGGAGGCAGCAGUGGCAGCAGGAGGAGGAGAUGUGGCUCCAGCGGCAGAAGAAGUGGGCCCUGCUAGAGCAGGAGCACCAGGAGAAGGUGCGGCAGUGGGAGGCGGAGGCGGCCGCCAGGCAGCAGUGGCAGAGGCUUGCCCAGCCCGAGGAGGAGAAGCAGAGCCCCAGGAGGGAGCAGAAGGCAAGUUCGGAGAAGAUGAUCUUCACAACCACCAGUCGGUGGAAGAACUUGGAGAAGUCAGAGUCAGCAACGGUGACUCCCCACUGCCGGGCCCAGUCUGCCCGUCAAAGUAGGUCAUACAUACUCACCUCCCCGCACAGCCAGCAGGGGAUCCAGAGGACCCUGUGUGAGUUUAUGCAAACGCCACGGAGCCGCCAGGUUUCUGCUAAGCCCAAGAAAUGUACCUCCUUCCCCAUCACUGGGACACCUGUCCGAAGGGUGAGCCGGACCUCUUUGCAGAAAGCCCCAGGGACCCCUAAGGACAAGGUCUACCAUAUAGACAUGGAGGCCCAGCUGAAGAACCUGCAGAUCCUGAGCGGCUCGGAAUCAGAGCUGGCACUGCCACAGCACCUGCGCAGCAAGGCUCUGGAGGUCACUGCCGUCGCCAUGGAGCUGAGCACCCUCAGACUGCAGUACUUAUGCAAGAAGUACAUCCACUACAGGCGCUUCCAGAGCCUCCGACAAGAAGUCAUCAAGCACAUAGGAGUGAUCCGACAAACGAGAGUUACCUAUAAGGCCCAGAACCUCUAUAUAUUCCUGGAGAACAUCGACCGCCAGCAGAGCCUCAGGCUGCAGGCCUGGACAGACAAGCAGAAGGACCUGGAGGAGAGGCACCAGGAGUGCCUGCACUCCAUGGUAGCCAUGUUUCCUAAGUUUCAGCAAGAGUGGAACAUCCACCUGAACACCCCUGUGCUCAGUUCUAUAAAGCCGACGAAAAGCAAGUCAUCUCCAGUCUUACUUCAGAGAGUCCGCUCCAGCCGCUCUGCCUCCAAGCAGCCUCCUCAGCCCAAGCACCGGGAAUCCGUGCCCCUGCGGAUAACUGGCCAACAAGGGAGCCAGAUGGAAGCCAUAUGGAAGACCGACGUGGCCUCUUCGAGUCACCCCAUAGAAAAGAAGAUCCCUACAAGCCUGUCCUGGGAACAGCUAGGGGGGCACCCCGAUAUCCCGCGGCUACUGGCAGUGGAGGAACACCUCUCCUACCCCAGAAGCUCAAUGUCCUUCAAGGCUCGCUCUUUCAGUGCAUCAUCGGUCCAAAGAAAGGAAAGCCAGGAACCCUCGGAGGAGCUAGCUGGGCUUGUCCGCAAAAUGUCCAGCCAGUCACUCCCCGGAUGUACAAAGCCAGAAGGAUCGGGUAGCUCCAGUUCCCGCUCCGACCCUUAGUUAGUGAUGCUCAAGCUUCUGGGCUACUGACAACUGCACA